AUGGCGUCGAUCACCUGUUCCUCUGAUCAACGUCUCUCAACAAGCAAGAGACGUUUAAAGCCGUUGAUGCUAAGAGACUACUUACUCGAUGAUCUCAGCUCUUGUUCAUCCAACGGCUUUAAAUCUGUCCCACGUCGUCCACCUCCUCUCUCCUCAUCAUCUUCCACCGUUCGUCGUCUCCUUGACGCCGAGAUCAAACGGUCAGGAUUGAUCCAUCAUCAUCAACACAAGCCGCGUCUCACUAAAAGAAGCCGUACAACUUGCGGGACGGCGAUCAGCCACGCCGUUCAUAAAGCUUCAACGGCGUUUCUUAACGCCGUUAAGCUUUUACCGUUCCAUGCAACCGCCACGUCUGGGAAGGGAGAUCAGAAACAACAAGGCGUUCUCUCUAGAAGCUUCUCUAAACGGCGCUUCUGGAGAAAACCUGUAAGUCAAUCUCGCCGUGAAGUAACCGUCAUUGACGUCGGAGACGACGGAGAGAUCCAAUGGUGGAGAUCCGCCGCGUUUUUCCCGGACGAAGAGAGUUUAGAUCAACCGUCCGAUAUGUUCUCUCAAAUCUCAACCGUCGCCGACGAAGCAACAUUCUCAAUCUCUGAAGAUGCGGCGAUUACCACCACGGUUAAGAUUAUCUCCGGCGGUGACUUUUCGAGUUCCGGUAGGGAGUUUUUCACGAACUCGUCGUCGUCGGAGGUUGUACAGUCAUCUUCUUCGUCGAGCGGUGAAUCUGAGGAAGUGUUGAACGAAAACGACGCCAUGGAAGUCGGUGAUGAGAGCGGAAAGAGAUUAAACGCACGUGACUGUGACGGAUCAUCUGUCAACCGCAACAGCCAGUGUAACAGAAAGGAAUGUGUCAAUGAAGAAAAAGAACAACUCAGUCCAGUAUCAAUCUUGGAAUGCCCUUUUGAAGAUGAUGAAGAUGAUGAAGGCUAUACGAUCACUGAUCUUAUCUCCCACCAUAAUGAUACAUAUGAGGAAGCUGCAAGAAAAGGCAGAAGAUUAAAUGGUUUGGUACGGCUUGAGCCACUAGACUUAGAGAAACGCAUAGAGAAGUAUGUCAAGAGAGAAAAGGAAGAAGUAGAGUACUCAUAUCAAGCGCUAGAAACCGAAGAGGAUGAGGAUGAAUUAGAAAACCGAGCAAACCGCUUGUUUGCUCUUGUGAAGUCGAGAGUCGGCGAAACAAUUAACAUACUAGCUUCUAAUCUAGCGAAUAAUCUAUUGUUAGAUUAUCUUCAGGAAGAUAAUAUUGGGGAAAAAGAAGAGACAAUAAUGGUGAAGAAAGUAGAGGAUUGGGUGAUGGAUAGACAAGAAGAGAUGUUCAUGAGUUGGGAAGUGAGAGAGAAGAGAGAGGUUUACUUGAAGGAAAUGAAAUGGGGUUGCAUUAACGGAGAUGAGAAAGAGAAUGUGGUUGAAGAGUUGGCUAAUGGUUUAUGCACUUGCUUGGUGAAUGAACUCAUCUUCAACUUAGCUUCCUGA